UCCUGGAGAGUUUGAACGAUGUAAGAAAGCACUGUGAUUUUUACCAAGUCAAAAACCACGCACAAAAUCCCGCACCCCGCCAGCCCCCCGCCGCCUAAGCCUGGCCAAGGGGAAGGGGCCGCCGGCGGAAUCUCGCGCCCCCCGGCCCCCCUCGCCCCCCUCGCUCCGCCAUCAAUCACUUCGCCCGCGCUCCGCGCGCGCCUCCCGGCGGAGUCCUAGGCCCGCGGGCUAGAGGCGCUUUACCUCCCGGCGGGAGCGCCUCUCCUCCGCGUCCCUCGCCCCAGCCCCCUGCCCGCCCCACUUUGGGACCCUCCAGCCGCUUUCCCCACAAAUGAAAUCUCUGCAAUGAACAAACGAAAGUGGCGCGGAUUUCGGGGCGCCCAGCCGGAGCGAGCGCGGCCGCCAGCCGCAAGUCCGCAGCCGUGUCCCGCGCCCCACGCCGGCCUCCCCGGCGGCAGCCGGAGACCAGCGCCAGCACCGGCGGGACAGCAGCAGAUGCGGGCCGAGAGCCGGGCAGGGGCGCAGAGGCGGCGUGGAUCGGCGCGGCGGGGAGCUCACCGCGAGGCUGGAGGCUGCGUCUGCGGGCGCACCAGGAGCUCAGGCAGCGGGCGAUCGAACGCUCUGUGGCGGGCGGUGGACGCUGCUGAAGAGGUGCCUUCCCCCAAGGAGCCACCGCUCAUGCUUGGAAACGCAUGCCUGGACUUUUUGAGAAGUGACCAGGGCAGGCUGGAGGCUGGGGCACACGCGGGUCACCCUGGGGCUCGAAAAGCACACCGGCUCCCCUCUAGUCAAGACCAGCAUCGGGGUUCUUCCUCAAGACUGGCUCCUCCUCCACUACUUCCAGCCCCCGGAGGGCGCCGCAGACAAGGCGUUGACCUUGCGCUCCCUCCCCUCGCUGGGGAAGGACACACUCGCUGGCGUCAGCCCGGCUGGCCUGGGAAGUCGGACUAAGGACCCGAACUGGAACCCUCCACACCAGACAGCACAGACCACCCCAAGGCUGCUCAAUCCGCCCAAAGCCAAAAAGCUCCCCUGCCAGGACCUUGGUGCUGUGGAGACUGCGGGGAACCUGGUCUGCCCACACCUGCUCUGGCCCCUAGACAGAAGCACCUGGAGCCAACCACGGAACUCCAGAUCCCAGCUGUGUGACUGAAUCCACUCCAG